AUGGACAAAGGCUUGAGUCGCUCAUUCUUGGAGCGCCACAAGCCUUCGUUGCUGGUACUGGCCUCACAGAUUUCGGCGGCAGCUCUCAAUGGCUUGGCCAAGCUCCUAGAGACUGGCGAUGAACCCAUCCACCCAUUUCAAGUCCUCUUCGUUCGUUUCUUCAUUACCGGCAUCGGCGCCACAAUCGUUCUAUGGCGCACCCAGGCACCCAGCUUCCCAUGGGGUCUACCUGAGUUGAGGCCGCUGCUGGCCUUGAGAGCAGCGGCUGGUGUCUUCGGUGCUUUCGGGUUCUACUUCUCUAUCAUGUACCUUAAGCUCAGUGAAGCCACUGCGCUCAAUUUCCUUGGUCCUCUUAUCGCCAUGAUUCUCAUAAGAUACUUGGACUUUGGCACCUUUGAAGUAGUCGACAGAAUCGGCGCCCUCGUCGCGCUUAUUGGCGUCAUUCUCGUCGUACAACCUGAUGGCUUAUUUGACCACAAAGCAGCCAUUCUAAGCGCUACCCAGACAGUCACCGGGGGAGACACGAAAGGUCGUAUGAUGGGCUUCGGUUUUGGUCUACUCAGCGUCUGUGGAGGAGCUGUCGCACUGACAGCAAUCCGAUCAAUCGGCCCACGGGCGCAUCCGCUCUUCAGCGUGAACUACUUUGCGUGGACCGUCGUGUCACUCACCUCAAUCUCAUUCAUCCUCAUGAAGAGCAUUCAUCUCACGAGAGACCCCAUCGCCUGGCUAAAAUUGACGCCACUUGGUGUCUUUGGUUUCACGAUGGAGUACCUUCUGACGGCAGGGAUCGCGAACGAUUCUUCGUCUGCAGCAACGAUAAUGAUCUACUCUCAGGUGCUGUGGGCGCUCUUGCUUGAUUGGGUUAUUUGGCGCGCGAGCGUGAAUCUGUUGGCUAUGAUUGGGAUUGCGAGUGUGGUGACAAGUCUGUUCGUGGUUACAUCUGCAAAAGAGUGGCAAUGGUUUCGAAAGACUAGGUACCAGGCCGUGGAGCAGAGCGUGUCAGAGGAAGGCGAAGAGUCUGAUGAAGAGCUUGUAGAGAUGCCACCCAACAGCUCCUCGGUGGUAUGA